CCUUUUUUUAAUCUAAUCUAAUCUAUUACGCGCGUGACAAAACCACGCGCCCCUAAUCUCGCGACCAAGAAGGCGAAAACCUAACCAGUAUCGACAAAGAAGUUCGGUGUCCUCCGGUGUGAGUCGUCGCCAAUAGGCCUCACCAGAAACCUUACUCCUCCUCUUUGACCCUUCUCAUGGCGUCAGAGAUCGAUCUUCCUCCGUUCUUGCCGCUUCGGAAAUCGAGAAGCUUCAACUCUCUGUCUCUUCCUUCGUCUUCAUCGACUCUGUUAGUCGAAGGUUUGGAGAUUGAAACUGAUCAGACUCUGCCCUUGUCGUUUUCGUUGCCACCGACGGAUCCGGUGAUAGGGACGAACACAACCUCCCUGCUUGAACCCGUGUUUCCUCUUUCAGAACCUGUGGCUCCUCUUUCUCCUCUGACUUCAGAAGCUGUUACAGUCCCUGUAUGUGACUCUCCUUCAAAGUAUCUGGCUUCAGUUAACAUCGACAAUGCAGGUGAUGAUUCGUCAUCGAAGCUAGCUCCGCCAGUGACCUUUGGCUCACACUGUCACGUUAAUAGCUUGAUGAAUUCACUUGCUAAAAACAGUGUUGCACCAUCUGUCCUGGAUGUGCUUCCUCAGUCUGCUUCGAUGCAGAAACCAUCCUCGCUUGGGGUCAAAAACCUAUCGCUGCCUGUCCCUGGAUCAAUACAGUUGCAGGAAACAUCAAUGCCGGAGGUUAAUAAAUCGCCAACAGAUCCUUCUGAAAACCUUGCUCAAGCUAAAGAAAAAUUUAUCCCAUCAAUGGGAUCAUGGGCCAAACCCCUUUAUUUCAAACCUCCAGCCACUCCUCCUGAUCCUAGUACUCCACGAGACUAUGAUCCUGCAAUUGUUGGGAAUCAAUUAGCCACUCUCUGGCCGACUUUAAAUGACGAGAUCUUAAACAAGCAACCUAAGGGCAAGUAUCCAUCUCGUACUCUCCAGCCCCCAAUUGAAAAGCUACCACCACCGGAACUAAAAGCGGAUGGGAGACUCCGCUUCCCCUGGGCUGCGAGAUUAAGCCCUCAUUCGCGUAAUCUCUAUCGGGCAGCCACACCAACUUACCGCAUUGAUGGCACACCUGAGGUAUCUAUUCCUUCGAAAGUGCUUAAGCUAGGUCCAGAGAAUAAGGAUGAGUAUAUCAUUGGCAAGUUCCAUAAAUGUGCUCUACCGCCAGGUGGUUUAGUACAUGCUGUGGUGAAUAGAAUAUGGGGAAGAAGUUGUAAGAUCAGUUGUAAGAAGCUUGGCGAUUCAUCUUUCAUGUUCCAUAUCCCACACCAACCUACCCGUCAAUGGGUUAUUCAGCGUGGAGUGUGGCACAUUGAUGAUUGCUUACUUUUUGUACUGCCAUGGACCCCAGAAGGCUCCUUCAAAAUCCCUGAAAUCUCCACGCUUCCGGUUUGGGCCAAUUUGAAGAACAUUCCGGAUUGUUGCUACUCAAGAUUAGGAAUUAGUCAUGUUGCUUCUGGACUUGGAGAACCUAUUCUUACGCACAAACCUCGACUUGAUCCUACUAGUAUGGGCGAGGCAAAAGUUUUAGUUGAGAUGGAGCUGGACAGAGACUUUCCGAAGCUUAUUGCCCUUGAUGAUAAGCAAGGUAACAUCUUCCUUGUUAAUGUUGAGUAUACAUGGAUUCCAUCUAUGUGUGAGAGGUGUGGUAAUCUAGGACACAAAGAAAAGAGGUGUUUGUUACCUUCUUCGACUGCUCAGGUUUCUAUCUCCGCAUCAACCUCGCAAGACACUAGCUCUGAUGUUCCUAUAGUGAACAUUGAUACUGUUAUGCAGCAAAAGGAUAAUGUUGAAUACUCUACACCAACUAUCCAGAAAAAUGAUCUACAUGUUAAUGAAAAAGCUUCCCUACCAACUGAAGAUUAUAGUGCCCAUGAGCCUGAGAAACGUACCAUAGAGAUUGAAGGUCUCUUAUCUGAACUAGAAGCUACUCCUACCUUUCAACGAGAGAACCCGACUGCCUCACCAAACUUUAUCCCCACUUUACCCACAUUAGUAGAUUCACAAUCUACUCCCACUACAGCAUUUAUUAUGGAGUCAUCUCCAUCAACCGUUAUCAACACACACACCCUUUGCAUUUGAGAGUCCUGCUCAGUUCAAAGGGUCAAGAGAUGUGGGAUUGGAUGAAGAUGGGACCGAGCCAUCUAGCUCGCUCAGCUUGACAAGAGGUGGGAGGGAAACAAAACCCCCUAGUAAAUACCAAGACAUGGAAUGGAAGACGGUUCGAGGGAGAGGGAAGCGUGGCCGCCGCGGUCAUGGUUCUUAUCACUAGUUAUUGCCUUUCAUUACAGUGUUGGUUAUUCUAGUCUCAACUUUUGAUUUUUCAUUGGUUGAGAUUCAAUCUUUCCAUGAAACUUGUUUCAUGUUUCAUGCAAACUUUAUCAAAUUAUAAGACUCGUGUCUUAUCUUGUAACAGUUAACGUUUUUAAUAUGAAAGCCUUUUUUCAAAAAAAAAA